CAACACUAUGUCUGCUUUAGGAAAAUGUCUUGGUAGAGAGGAAUUACUUUUCACAAGAUAGAACGUCCUAAAUCCAUUUACUAAAAACAAAAAAUAGUGAUGAAAACUUGGACUAUCAUGAUUUUCAGGGAGAGAAAAAUACCAAAUCACUGACUAAGGAGGACUGAACAGAGAAACAUCAUCCAGAAACCUGUAGACAAGAGGAAGAGGCAGUGGGCAACAGAGAACACUGUCCUGCUCAGAGAUCCCCAGAGAAUCUGCAUCCCCUCCCCCAGGGCCACUUGCCAGAAUGUUGGAUUUGAAAGAAUGGGCAGAUUAACGGCUAUCAGGAGCAGUGUGGCCUGGACAAAAUAAAGUGAAAUCAGAGAUACUGUACUGCUGAACCACACCAAGCCUUCUACCUGGUUCAUCUCUCCAUGAACAUAAAAAGAAACUUAGCCAGGGAACGUCAAACUGUGGCUGUUGAAAGGAACUCCUGUCCGGUGGCUACUGCUGAAGGCCAGGUGAGAAACAAGAAUAGGAAAAGACACAGCCUGAAGGCCGUGCUUAAGUGUUGGUCAGCAACUGCCCACAAGGAGCCAGCACACCUCCAGGGAUAGUAUCCGCAUCUCAGAAGAGCUUGUCAGGCAAUGUGCUGCUGAUGGACACAGGCCAGGCGUUUGCCUUAUCAACUGAUUCCUUUGGGCCAUGUCAGUGGUGACAUCACCAAGGAUCUCAGCCUCCAUCUUGCCUUCUCUGUGCAAAAGGCAAGUGACCCUAGAAGCAGUUGAGGUAAUGUUUCAGACUUGGGCUCCCCAGACGAAGGGACUGAGGCCGGAAUUUGCACCAGGACAUCGGUGUGUCAGGCUGGCAACCAUGUUGCUCCUGGGGGUAAUUCUUCUCCCAAGCAUGCACUGUGACCUGGAAUCGGUACACGGCUCUUCCCAUGAAAUAGUCAUCCCAGAGCAGCUGACAGUCAAGAGAGGCGAAGGUCUGGUCCAAACCGUAUCGUACAUGCUGUUCAUCCAAGGUCAGAAGCAGCUGGUUCACCUGAAGGUGAAGACAGACUACUCUGUGAGCGGCUUUCCCAUCUACAGUUACCAACGUGGUGUCCUGGAGCAAGCAGUGCCUUGGAUCUCACAGGACUGCCACUAUGAAGGCUACAUAGAAGGAGUGCCACAUUCUUUUGUUUCUGUCAACACCUGUUCAGGCCUCAGGGGCAUCCUGAUUACGGAGGAGGCAUCCUACCGCAUUGAGCCCAUGCCCUCUUCCCAACGGUUCGAACAUGUCUUGUACGCCACGGCACAUCAAGCCCCAGCCUCCUGUCGUGUGGCUUCCACACACAGCCAAGUGCUGCCCACUGGCCGGCAGCAAGACAGCAGGGAGCCUCAUCACCUCCAGGGGCUGUCCUACUUGUGGACACACACCAAGUAUGUGGAGAUGUUUGUGGUGGUCAACUACCAGAGGUUCCAGAUGUGGGGCAGUAACAUCAAUGACACGGUCCAGGGAGUACUGGACAUCAUUGCUCUGGCCAACAGCUUCACCAGGGGACUCAAUACAAAGGUGGUGCUGGCUGGGGUGGAGAUCUGGACCGAGGGGGACCUGGUAGAGGUCCCGGUGGACCUGCAGGUGGCACUCAGGAAUUUCAACAGCUGGCGGCGAGACAAGCUCCUCCACCGUGUGAGGCACGAUGUUGCCCACAUGAUCGUUGGGCAUCAUCCCGGACAGAGCAUGGGCCAGGCAUUUCUCGAUGGUGCCUGUUCGAGUGGUUUUGCGGCGGCUGUGGAAUCCUUCCAUCACAAAGAUGUCCUCCUCUUUGCAGCACUCAUGGUCCAUGAGCUCGGGCACAACCUGGGCAUUCAGCAUGACCACUCAGCCUGCUCGUGUAAAGGCAAGCACCUUUGCCUCAUGCAUGAAAACAUCACCCAAGGAAGUGCCUUCAGCAACUGCAGCUCUGACUCCUUCUACCGUUUCCUUCUCGGACACAAAGGGGCUUGUCUGUUUAACAAGCCACAGCGCAGAAGCCGCAAGCACAGGAGUGCUAGGUGUGGAAACGGUGUGAUAGAGGAGUCAGAACAGUGUGACUGUGGGGGUUCUUGUGACAGUGACCCAUGCUGUAACCCGAAUUGUGAACUAAAACGUAAUGCAGUAUGUAGUAAUGAACCCUGCUGUAGCAGAUGCCAAAUUCAAAAGCGCGGAUUCAUGUGUCGUGGUCUUUUUGGGUUGUGUGACCUCCCAGAAUACUGUGAUGGUGCUUCAGUAGAAUGCCCUCAAAACAGAUAUUUAGAAGAUGGCAGUCCAUGUAAUGAAGAAUAUUAUUGUCUUAAUGGUCAUUGCAUGGACUAUAAUGGACAGUGUAUGUUUGUGUUUGGGGAAAGUGCAACAUCUGCUCCAAGGGCAUGUUAUGUUGCACUGAACAGCAGAGGAAAUAGAUUUGGACACUGUGGCCGUGUCCCUGGGUCUUCAGGAAGCUUUGUAAAGUGUCCUGAAGAAAAUGCCAUUUGUGGUAAAAUUGUAUGUAUGAGUGUAACUUCAAUGCCAAAAAUCACACCUGGUCAUACCCUUAUUCAGGUACCUCAUGAGCAAGAUUUCUGUUGGACCAUGGAUGCUUUUAAGACGGCAGGAGUCCCUGAAGAUGGAGACGUAUGGAGAGGCAGUAUUUGUGGUGACAGGAAAACUUGUCAAGAUUAUACUUGUAUUCACACUGAAAUAAUGAAACCUUCCUGCAAUUUAGAUACAAUGUGUAAUUCAAGAGGAGUUUGUAAUGAUUUAAUGCACUGCCAUUGUAUACCUGGCACUGCACCUCCAGAUUGCAGAAAUAGAGGAAAUGGUGGGAGUCUGGACAGUGGCCCGCCAGAGCAGCCCAAGAAAGAAGGUCCACAAGAACAAGAAACUAAAACCAAAAAUGAACUGGCUAAAAGCACACAAAUUAUAAUUGUUGUGAUAAUUUUGUCAAUAAUAGUAUUAGGAGUAAUUAUUUACCUUUUAUGUGUUGCCAAAGAGAAACCAGAAGUGCAAGAGGAAGAAAAACCAGAAGAGGUGGAGAAAAAGGAAGAGGAAGGUGAAGAGGAAGAAGAGGAAGAGGAUGAGGAAGAAUCAGACUAA